AUGGUUCUUUACAAAGUUCCGUUCACCACUCGGGUGUUCAAUUUGAAACAUUCUCUCGCACAGAGGAUGAAGCAAUUCUAUGAUAGAGCACUUCGUUUUGAUAUGUUAACACCUUAUAGGACUUUACAUCAAUUUAAUUCAAAAACACAUCUCUCAUCUUGGACACUCAUUACCGAUACAAUAUUCGGAGGAAAAUCCGAUUGUGAAUUAGUGAAGACAAAUAAUAAUAGUUGUGUAUUUCAAGGACAAUUAUACACCCUCACGAAUGGAAAGAAAGUAUUGCCAUCUUUUGCAAGAAUGUGGUUUGUGUAUCCAGCUCUUCAUUUAGAUUUAUCAGACUAUGAAGAAGGAGGAAUUAAAAUUAAAUAUCGAACUGACAGACCAGAAGAUUUCCAACUCCAAUUUGAAUUCAAUCAUUUCAUGGAUGACAUUUUCUUUUAUGCACCACUCGUUCCAUCGACUCUUCUAGAAAAUACGACUUAUUAUCAAAGUGGAGUCGCCUACAAGAUUCAACAUACAAAAUUUUACACUGAAAUUGAUCCAGAAAGUGGUGAGGAAUGGCUUGUUUCUGAAAUUCCAUUUACAAGUUUUUGUGUGAAUAAUAUGGGUGAAGAGACAUCGAUUGGUGCCAUUCGAAAAGCUAAAUCAGGGACAACUGCGCCUAUUUAUGACAUUUUGACACUCGGCGUUGGAAUUAGUUCUCUGAAAGAGGGUCCAUUUAGUGUGGAGCUUAAAUCGAUUGAGGCAUUUCCUGGCAAUGAAACACUGAAAAAUACUACCAAAGAUACCAAAGAAUCUGAAUUUUAA